CGAAAGAGAGCGUUCUCGGGACGGGGUCUGGUGAGGCUCACGCUGGAGGGGUUCGCGUCUGCGGCGGGCACAGUGAGGGGCCUGUCUCCCGUUGCGGAAACCUGUGUUUCUGUCUGGUCGAUUUCCGCGCUCUUGCCUGACCCCUGAGGGCCCGAGGACCUGACUGUGGGGCCACCUGUGACGGAUAGACGCUGUCUGAAGCCAGCCCGAAAACAGGAGGACAGGAGGCGUUACUCUGACUGCCCUGGUUCCCGCACAGGUACCGGUGACCAUGAGAUCCCUGCAGCUGCUCAGAGGCCCCUUCCUGUAUGGCCUGCUCUGGGCUUUUUGUGCUCCAGGUGCCAGGGCUGAGGAGCCCGGGGCCAAUGUCCCCCAUCCCAGCAGCGUGGGCCUCGAUAAGAACACAGUGCACGACCAAGAGCAUAUCAUGGAGCAUCUGGAAGGUGUCAUCAACAAACCAGAGGCGGAGAUGUCCCCACAAGAACUGCAGCUCCAUUAUUUCAAAAUGCACGAUUAUGAUGGAAAUAAUUUACUUGAUGGCUUAGAGCUCUCUACAGCCAUCACUCAUGUCCAUAAGGAGGAAGAGAGUGAACAGGCCCCACUAAUGAGUGAAGAAGAACUGAUUAACAUAAUAGAUGGUGUCUUGAGAGAUGAUGACAAGAACAAUGAUGGAUACAUUGACUAUGCUGAAUUUGCAAAAUCACUGCAAUAAACAUUAUUUGGCUAUCUCCUAGUUAUAUGCAAAUGUGACCCGUGAUAAUGUGAUUGAAUACUUUUGGUAAUGCAAAAUAACUCAUUUUUAACUACUGCUGUGGCAUUUUGGUAAAAACCUGUAGCAAUUUGUUACACUGGGGUGAAAAAGAGAAAUCAAGAGAAAUAAAGGAGAAGAGAAAUGGACAUUUUGUGGUCCCUCAGUGCUGUUAAAUCUCUCAAUGGACAAGGGCUUGAUGAAAGAAUCCUCUUAAGUAUAUGGAAUAAUUGGAGCUGAGCACUCAGGAACUUAACUGUAGGAUAUUGCUCAUUCUUGAUCUUAAUUCAUGCUACCUGAAAAGACAAUAAGCUUUGCCAAGUGGACACACUUUUCAGUGACAGUGAAGGGAUGGAGUGAAUGCCACAUGUUUCCCCUGGUGGGUCCCAUCUCUUCGGAUAAACAAGGUCAGUAUUCUCUAAAGUUCCCCUGGCCUACAGGAUGACUUGCUCUGGGUAAGCAGCUAUUUGUUAGGCUGUAUCAAAGCCACAACAUAAGAAGAAUGUCAGAUAUUGAGUUCAGCUGGCUACAGAGGCAAGGAUUCUGUAUCCUCUCACAUUUUGGAAAUGAUAGAACUGGCCUAAGCAAUUAACCUUUUCAGAUUUUCAAUAUUUUAUACAACUACUGCCACACCUUUAUACUUUCCUUUCUGUCGUCUUCAACUUGGGAGGAACCUUAAUUUAAAGGUGCUCUCUAAUCAAUAGCAGAUAUUUUAGCUUUCUUAAUAUUUGUAUUUUACUCUUGUUUCCAGGGUUUCCUUUUUGCAAUUUUGGGACUAUUUGGAAUGUAAGGACUUGGUACAGCAGGUUUAAACCAUUGGCUGGCCUUAAGCCUAGGUGGGAAGUGAAAAGAUCAUUCAUCAAACCCAGUGAUUAACCUGAUCCAAGUUCUAUUUCAAAGGAAUGUUGUUUAAAUUACCUCUUCUAGCCUGAAUGGAUGAAUUCUUAAAUUUCAGGAAAGAUUAGAAAAGGAAGCUGAAAAAUUCCUCAACRGUGUGAGAAAUCUCAGUAUUUGAAAGUGAGAAGAAGCUGCAGACUGUAAUUUGGUUUGUUGGAUGUGGUAGACAUGCUGUGAUAGAAAACCCAAAAUGAUGGUUGAAUGGGGGAAAGAAAAUGCAUAAAAUUUGCUGUAAGAUGUAUAGAGACUUAUUUUCUUUAUUAAAGUAUUCUUGUAAGAAAACUUAUGUAUUUGUAAAAAUGAUUUCCUGUGUCAAAUAUUUGUGCAAUCAGAGCUGACUUGUAAACUAUUCUUGUAAUAUCUCAUUAUUUUGAAAGAUUUAUAUAAUGAAUUCUGAAUAUAUGGCCAAUAAAACCGA